AUGGGUUUUCUGAACCCUGAUUUAUGCCAGAAUUCCUUUUUCCUCCGUUCAGCAGAAGAACAGUUUCACUGGCAAUCACAAGAUGGUCAAAAAGAUAUCGAAGAUGAACUCACAACAGGUCUGGAGCUGGUGGACUCCUGUAUUAGAUCGCUGCAGGAAUCAGGAAUACUUGACCCACAGGAUUAUUCCACAAGUGAAAGGCCCAGCCUGCUCUCCCAGAGUGCACUUCAGCUCAAUUCCAAACCUGAAGGGUCCUUCCAGUAUCCAGCCAGCUACCAUAGCAACCAGACCCUGGCCCUGGGCGAGACAGCCCCAUCGCUCCCUGCCCGCAGCACACAAGCCCGAGGUGCUGGCCAGAGCUUCAGCCAGGUAUGUGUGAGAAUGGGGCCCUCUGCUGUGUUGAUUGGUGGGGCCCAAGGGUACAGUCCUGGAGCAGAGCUGUGAGGAAGACACCGUGACCCCUCCUGCCUUCCUGCGAC